AUGGUCUCGUUUGCCAUACUCUUUCUUUCGCUUUUGGCAGCCUUAGUCUAUGGCCAAAAUGGUAACAGCUCUGAGAUCGCUACGAUCAAUAUCACCGGUAAUGCAUUUUUCAACAGCAAGACCGGCGACAGAUUCUAUAUUCGAGGUGUGGAUUACCAGCCAGGCGGAUCUUCGAAUUUGACCGAUCCUCUUGCUGAUGUGGAGACCUGUAAGAGAGAUAUUCCUGUGUUCCAAGAUUUAGGUAUCAAUACGAUCAGAGUUUACACCGUGGACAACAGUUUGGAUCAUGCGGAAUGUAUGCAAAUGUUGCAAGAUGCUGGUAUUUAUCUGAUUUUGGAUGUCAACACUCCAGAAGCCUCAAUCUCUCGUUACGACCCAGCUUGUUCGUACAAUGCUGAUUAUUUGCAAAGCAUCUUUGCCACGGUCGAUGUUUUUGCUCAAUACGAUAAUUUGCUAGGUUUCUUCGCCGGUAAUGAGGUUAUCAAUAUGGCGAACAACACUUUCACCGCGACUUAUGUCAAGGCUGUCGUUAGAGAUUUGAAAAAGUACAUCAGGGCCAGAAACUAUAGAGAGAUCCCAGUCGGAUAUUCCGCCGCCGACAUUGAAUCCAACAGAUUGCUAGCUGCUGAAUAUUUUAACUGUGGCAAUGACUCUGACGCGAGAAUUGAUAUGUUCGGUGUCAAUGAUUACUCGUGGUGCGGCCAAUCAUCUUUCCAGACCUCCGGAUACAGCCAAAAGAUGAAGCUGUACAACGGCUACUCCAUACCAAUCUUUCUAAGUGAAUUUGGUUGUAACCAGGUGAGUGGUUCCAGACCUUUCCAGGAAAUCGGUUCCAUCUACUCCACUCAAAUGUCCAGUGUCUUUUCCGGGGGGCUGGUUUAUGAAUACUCCAAUGAAACUAACAAUUACGGCCUUGUCCAAAUCGACAGCCCAACUGAAGUUACAAAACUUGACGAUUUCAACAAUUUGAAGAACCAGUACAGCCAACAUCCAGAUCCAACAGGUUCUGGUGGCUACUCCACUUCCAACAACCAUUCCACUUGUCCCGAUUACCAAGCAGGUGUCUGGGAGGCUAAUAACACCUUGCCCGAAAUGCCAAGUGCUGCAUCGGCUUUCUUCAAGAGCGGUGCCGGUGCUCCAAUGGGAACAGGGUUUACAACUCAACAACAGUGUGACUCCGAUGGCAUCGAUAGCAUCGACAACAGUUCAAGUGAUUCGUCAACGAUCACUUCUUCUUCAUCUGCAGAUGCUUCAUCUACGGAUUCCACUUCUUCCACAUUAAGCUCCUCUACAUCGAGCGCAACAUCGAGCGCAACAUCUAGCUCUUCUACUUCCUCAUCUUCUUCCUCGAAAUCGAAGGGAUCCGGCGCGGUCCUAGAGAUCCCUAGAGGACUACAGAUGAUUGCUCAGUUGUUUACCAUGAUCAUCUAA